UGGAGGGAGGUACCGCGCGCGUUUGCUGCGAGGCGUCGAGCCUUGGCGUCACUUGGGUACACAGUGGAGUGUGAUUUUUCGUGUGACAACGUUUUUUUUACGAUUCGGGAAUUAUUCCUCGAGUAUUUGUGAAUCGCCUUGAAAAUCUGUGAAGUGAAUAUCUAGAAAAACACUUAGGAAAUUUAGAUGAAGUUCAAUUAAAAGAACAGAAGGCCAACAACGACAUCAAAAGGACGAGGAUCAACUUCAAUAAAGCGCGAGAGAAAACUACCACGUCACCGACACCGCAUCGCGGAAUUCCUUUUUAACGCCCAGAUAAGAAUCUCGAGGAAGCUCCACUCGCUCCCCGAGCCGACUGAUAAGCGCCACGACUCAAGCUGCGCCAGUGAUAGCACACACGAGAAGACCCCCCUCCCCCUGCUACGCCCCUCACCCCCUCACCCCCCCCCCCUCGCCCAGAGUCUGAAGAGGGGAAAGGGAAAUGAUGAAAGCGUCCGCUGGGGCCGAGACCAUGUAGUUGGCAGUGACCCGUUCGUGAGAUCGAGAUCGUUUUUUUUUGUUUUUCUUUUCCUUAUUUUUAUAUAUAUAUUUUUAAGAGGGAGGGACAAAGAGGAAAGGUAGCGUCAGUGUCGGAGAAGAGGAGGAAAAAUCCUUCGCCCUCGGCAUCUGGCAGCGUCGGGGGUCUUUAACGUCGGCCGCCCGGAGAUUAGGGUUCCAGAGAAAGAAAAAAAUAAUAGAGACCCGGCAGGACCUUCAGAUUGUGGGGGAUUAUAAAUCUAAACUUUGAGAUCUCGAGGCGGAAGGACCCUGGAAAUAGUCUUUCGGGGCUCGACCUAAUCCCGGCGAGGGCCAGUUGCAGGGUCCCAGGGCCACAGGGAUCGGAGCUCCUCAGUCAGUUGGCGUGGAGGGCGUGAGCGUCCUUGGACGACCCUCCUCUCAAGGGCGUGACUCUAAGAAUGUCCCUUCUCAGACGGCGACGCAGUAGAAGAUAGCAGCAGUAGAAUUCAGUAGCACCCUAACUCGCUCCUGCUGCAGCCAUGGGCGCCCCACACGCCGCCUUCCUCAGCACCCCGUCCUCCCCUUCUCUCGAAACACCCGUCGACGCCGCCAUGACCGGAAGCAAAGCCUCGAGGCGGACGGAGCGCGACCGGCCUCGCGCCCCCCGCCAGCCCUCCUCCAGGAGGACCUCCAGAACCCCCUCCUCCGUCGCCUUCCUCCUCUUGAGGGCACCCCAGCCUUCCUUGUGGUGCCUGCUGCAGACGCUCGUCCUGACGGCGUCCUUCCUGCCCGGCGCCAGGUCCUUCGCCGCCUCGUCCUUCGCCACGCCGCGGCUGAGCUCCUACGAGACGUGGGAGCACGAGGCCUGGCUGGAGGACACGGGCGCCUUCGUGGUGCAGUGGACGCCGCGCGAGGACAGCAUCGAGUUCCGCGUCACCGCCAGGACGACGGGCUACAUCGGCUUCGGCCUGUCGUCGGCGCCCAGGAUGGACGGCGCGGACAUCGUCGUUGGGUGGGUACACUCCGGCAAAGCCUAUUUACAAGACCGGCAUGGGCGUGGGAACGUUGAGCCCUCCGUGGACGAGCAGAGGGACUGGAUGCUGGUGGGCGGCUAUGAGAACGACACCCACACCGUCCUCAUCAUGUCACGCCCGUACAAUACGUGUGACAAGCAGGACCAUGUUAUUUCGAACGACACCGUGCGGCUGCUGUGGGCGUACCACCCCGACGACCCCGUGGACCCCGAGAGCCCCCGCCCGCGCCUGCACUACCACGGCAGCAGCAGGAGGGGCGUGCGCUCCAUGUUCCUGCUGGAGCGGGGCCACCGCGCGCCCUCGCACAGCCGCCACACGCAGGAGCUCCCCGGGGGCUUCCCCGGCCACGACGCCAGCCUGCCGCCCUCGCGCUCCCCCGGGCUGCCGCCGCGCUUCAACUCCGCGGGCGGCCACCACCACACCCACCACCACCACCACAGGGCGCCCCUCACGCGCUCCUGGGUGCUCACCAACAACGGCGUGGAGGUGGGCGCCAACAGCGACACCGUCUACUGGUGCAAGGUGUUCAAGCGGCCGCAGCUCAUCCAGAAGAACCACGUCAUCAGGUACGAGCCCGUGUUCACGCCGGGCAACGAGGCCUACCUGCACCACAUCAUCGUGUACGAGUGCACGAACAUGGGCCCGGCGCUGGACGUGGCCUUCGAGGAGCUGGCCGACUCCCCGGGCCACGAGUGCUACCAGACCAACAUGUCGCAGCUGAUCUACACGUGCAACCAUGUGGUGGUCGCCUGGGCGCUGGGCUCCGAGGGCCUGACUCUGCCCUCGGAGGCCGGCUACCCGCUCACGCCGACGGGGCCCAGGUUCUACAUGAUGGAGGCCCACUACGACAACCCCGAGGGACACGCCUUCAGGGACCAUUCAGGGAUACGGAUCAUCUACACGCCCGAGCUCAGGUCCUACGAUGCCGGAGUCCUGAGCGUGGGCCUCGACCCGAACUGGAAGCACCUGAUCCCGCCCCGCCAGAGGACCGUGCUGUCGGAGGGCCACUGCGUCGCCGAGUGCACGCAGGAGGCGCUUCCUAGGACAGGCAUCAACGUGUUCGCGGUGAUCCUCCACACGCACCUCCUCGGCCGCAAAGUCCGCGUGAGGCACCUGCGGGACGGCCACGAGCUCGAGCCCAUCGCGCAGGACAACAACUACGACUUCAACUACCAGGAGUACCGCGCCCUCAACACGCCCAGGACUGUCUUGCCGGGCGACCACCUGAUCGGCGAGUGCACCUACAACAGCCGCGAGCGUUCCACCAUCACCCUGGGGGGCUUCAAGACGCGCGACGAGAUGUGUCUGUCGUUCCUGUUCUACUGGCCGCGGGUCGACCUGUCGCUGUGCCACUCCAAGCCGUCGCUCAACACCGUGCUGCAUUCGCUCGGCAUACAGGAGCUGUCGGCCGAUUCCGACCCCAUCAAGAUCCGGCGGCCGAUCGAGCUGGCGGGGAAGACGCUGGAGUGGCGGCUCCUCAACUACGACUGGAAGAACCAGUUCGAGUACUUCCAGGCCGCCACGCACACCGGCACCAUCAACCCCAUGUGCUGGAGGCGAGGCGAGUCGCUGCUUCCGGAGCUGGAGAAGAUGGACUACGACUACCCGAACAUCACGGAGCCGUGGGCGCCCGAGAACGUGUGUCGCCAGCUGAGAAGGAUCUCGCGGCGCCGCAAGAACAAGGGAGGGCGAAGGAGGAACCACCACCCCACUCCCACGGGAGAGACGGAGGAGGAGCUGGAGGAGGAGGAGGUCAUGUUCGACGACCAGAGGAACUCCCGGCCGAUCGAGAGCAUCGACGUCGACCCUUACAACCACAGGGACUUCAACAUCCCGCACAUCGAGGACCGCAUUGAGAACGACCACUUCGAGGGCUUCGGCGCCGAGGACACGGGCACCGCGGACCGCGAGCUGACGGAGGAGCUGCUCGACAUGGAGAGGGAGCUCGGGAAGGAGCUGGCCAAUAAGGCGCAGGACCACUUCCAGGAGCAGACGGCGCGCCCGGCCAGCGGAUGCCAGGGGCGCGGCGCUUCGUGGUGGGCGCUUGUGGCCGCGCUGUGCCUGCUGCGCCUCCGCCGCCUGUACGACGGCCACGGCUGAAGCGCCGGCGAGAGGAACUGCGGAGAUGGACGUCGGCGAGGCAAAAGUUCCCAUAGUAUUCGUAUUUAAGAAUGAAUAAAUCGCGCUGUGAAACCCGUUGUUUUAGGAAGGAGAAUAGGAUACAUACUCGGUUAAGCAUCUCCCCUUCACGCUCGUAGUGAGGAGUGAAUAGCAUUUAUUUUCUGCUGUGGAAAGGACAGCUGACCCGACCGAGGGGCGCAUGACGGUCCCUGGCUAGUGUUGUGUAUUCUGACCGGUGCGGCCGCGGCGAAGGGCCGACCGCCUUGCCAGGGCGGCGGCGCGAAGGACCCUUCCGCGCUGGACACUCCCUCGUGCUUGUGAUUCCUUCGCGAAGAGGUUGUGUGGUUCCUUCAGGCUAGGAUCUUAAAUAUAUAUAUUCCUCCAAACAUAUAUAUAUUUCCUCCUGGGUACAAGGGACUCCUGAGACGUGCCAGGAGACAGAGUUCGACGGGAGGCGAGGCUCGCGAGGAAACCCCCCCCGUCGCUGCGGCUUCUCCCCGCGUCCUGCCGGCGGGCGGAGCGGGC